AGCGCCAGCGCAGGCGGAGGCCCUCCGCGAAGGCCGGGGGGUGUGGCCUAGGCAGCCAAUCGGGGGGCGCUGAGUGCCCGCCCAGCCAAUGAGGGGCGGGCUUCCGCGGCGCCCCGCCCCCACAGCCCUGCCCUGGAGGACGCCAGCCUGGGGCCCGCGCCUGCCUUCUCCCCCGCGGACCCUCGCGCGCAUUCCCGCUGGACAUGCCCUUCGUGGAGCUGGACACGAACUUGCCCGCCGGCCGCGUGCCCGCGGGACUGGAGAAGCGGCUCUGCGCGGCCACGGCCGCCGUCCUGGGCAAGCCCGAGGACCGCGUGAACGUGACGGUGCGGCCCGGCCUGCUCAUGGCGGUGAACGGCUCGGCGGAGCCCGGCGCGCAGCUGGUCAUCUCCUCCAUCGGUGUGGUGGGCACGGCCGAGGAGAACCGCGGCCAUAGCGCCCGCCUCUUCGAGUUUCUCACCAAGGAGCUGGACCUCGCCCAGGACCGGAUAAUUAUCCGCUUUCUCCCCUUGGAGCCCUGGCAGAUUGGCAAGAAGGGGACAGUCAUGACCUUUUUAUGAUUGGUGUGGAGGGCGUCCAGGGCAUCUGUGAGCUGCCAGCCCCUUCCAGAGAGGCCCCCUGGCAGAGUGAGGACCUGGUGGAUACCAGCUUCUGGCAACUCCACAUACAGACAUGACUGUGACUUCACGGUCCUCUUCCCCACCCUCAUGACAAAUAAAUGAAGGGAGCUUUAUUUCUCAAACAUGA